AUGGAAACGAACAAACAAAUGGAGAAAUCAAGCAAUGAAGAACGGGAAGAGGAAGUACAGGAAUUACCACCGGAUGAUUUGAAUGAACAAGAAGAGGAGCAGGCCAUGAGUGAAGAGGAUGAAGGAGAUACAGCAGAGACUGAGGCACAACAUCAAAUGAAAGACGAUGGACACGACAUGGAAGAAGAACAUGGAGCAGCAGACCUGAUAGUGCUGAAAGAAGAGACACAUCAAUGGAAUGAAAUGGAAGAGAAACAACAAGAAAUAAUGACUGAUGAAAAACCCACACUCACUAAAAAGACUUUAUCACGUGGAAGAUCUCGGAAAUCCAAGUCUAGGUGUAAUUACAGCUGUAAACAGAGUAGAAAGAGUUUCUGUCAAAAGCCAAACCUUGAUGUUCACACUAGAAAGAAACCUUACACCUGCAAACAGUGUGGAAAAAGCUUCUAUAAUACAGGAAACUUAACAGUGCACAUGAGAAUUCACACUGGAGAGAGGCCGUACACAUGCCAACAGUGUGGAAAAAGCUUCUAUUCUACAGGAAACUUGGCAGUGCACAGAAGAAUUCACUCUGGGGAGAGGCUCUACUCUUGCCCUCAGUGUGGAAAGAGUUGUAAGCAAAAUGGCAAUCUUGAAACCCACAUGAGAACACACACUGGAGAGAAAAGCUUUAUUUGCACACAGUGUAGGAAAGGUUUUUCUCAAAAACAAAACCUUACCAUCCUCAUGAGGAUUCACACUGGAGAGAAACCUUACACAUGCACAGAGUGUGGUAAAAGUUUCCCACAUACAGGCUCACUCAAACACCACAUGAUAAGUCACACCGGACAGAAGCCGUUUGCAUGUGCUCAUUGUGGAAAGAGCUUCACAACCAAAACUAGCCUCAUGAACCACAUGAAUGGUCACACUGGAACCACAUGUGAUCAGUGUGGAAAGAGUCUCCCAUGCAAAGACUCCAUUAAGCAACACAUGAAGACUCACUUAGGAGAGCGUUUUCGAUGCAGUGAGUGUGGAAAGGUCUUUAAACAUAAAAGAAGCGUCAUCAAUCACAUGAAGCUUCACAAUGGAGAGAAAAAAUGAGGCCUUGUCCAGCGGAGCUUAAGGCUUUCCCGGGAUAGCAUCUCGGGACAAGUGUAAACUCUUGAAUACAU